AUGCCGAACGACGCCCUGUUCGAUUGGCUGCGACGCACCGCGGGCGCGGACGUCGCCGACGCGAGCGAUCUGUACGACGGAAAGGUACUGCUCGACGCGCUCGCGCGCGCGACGGGCGCGGAGGAGGCGCGCGCGGCGCGCGCGGACGAGGAUUCGAUUCAAAUCUUGGGGCGACAGCUGCGCCGCGCGGGCGUGUUCGAUGGCUCGGACGCGCUGCGCGCGCGCGACGCGCGAGGAACGAUGCGGGUGGUGCGAGAAAUAUAUGCGGAGAGUCUGCGGCGACGAGUGGCGGCGUUCGCGGUGGACGCGGCGAGGGACGAGGGGGCGAGAUUCGGGGACGCGACGCCGUCGCCGUCGAGACGACGCGACGAAGACGAAGACGAAGACGAAGACGAAGACAAAGAGGAGGAAGGACGAGAUUUGCUCGGCGCGUUUGAGAUCGAAGGUGAUGACGUUGACGCGGGUGCGUUCGACGAGGACGUGGAUGAGUUGGAUUUAACGGAGGAUUGGCGGGCGUUGGAAUCGCCCGCGGCGAAAUCGACGAAGGCGCGAGUCGACGCCGGGUUCGUCAAGGCUUCGGAUAUGUUGCAGGAGUUGAGUUUAAACGCGCUCGAUGAAGAUGUGUGUGAUGAUUUCGGUAGCGAUGCGUACUGUCGCGGCACGCGCGCGGCGUCGCGGGAGACGAAGACGCUGACGAGAACGCCGCCGCCGGUGCCGAAAGCGCUUCGCUUGAUUCCGUCCCCGUCCGCGAAACCGGUGAAGUGGGACGUCGUGUUCGACGAACCGAAACCAUCGGGGCGCGUGCCGACCUGGUUUCCCGGUCGCAAUGCGCGGCUGAUGGCGUCGACGUCGUCGAGUGAGACGUCGCCGCCGUCGAAGCCCAUCGCGGUGUCGUGGUUCGGCGAACGCGACGACGACGGCGACGACGCGGCGAGUCUGCAACGCGCGGCGCAAAGACGCGGACGUUUGGCGUCGUCGCUGUCGCCCGUCGCGCGUCGCGGGGCUUCGUCUCCCGAACGCCGUAGAAGCGAUAUCGGCGUCGCCGCGUGCUACGUUCCCGCGCGCGCGCCUUCGAACAAGCGCCUCAUUCGCAACGCGCUUCGCGUGCUCGUCGGGCCGCCCGAUCGCGAUGAUUACGUCGCCGCCGUGCGUGCGAUUGACAAAUGCGAGUUCCCAUCGGUGGUUUUGUUGCUGAAAGGAUCGGCCGAAGUCGCGCCGCGAAAGUUGCGAGGCGUGUACGCCGUCGUCGACGAGGAUACGCUGAAACGCAUCCACGGCUCUGGACCAGAAUACGUCGCCGGCUCGUCCGUUUUGGCGUCGCUCAAAUUCGACACAGCGACGAUGAGCUUCGCACCGCUUGCGAGUCGCGCGAUCACGCCCACCGUCGCGGCGAUUAGCUUGACGCGCGCUAAAUAG